CUGCGAGUGCGGCAGGGGCGGUCGCCCGACAAGCAUGCACGGCGUGGCAUGUCACUGAGGCGACUCGACUCAUCGUCGCCGACUCGGAACUGCACGACGCCUGUCCAGAAACGAUGACCCCUCCCUGAUACACCCAAUAAACCCUCCCCUUUCUCGCUUUCGUCCCCUUGUUGUUGGCGCGCCCUUCAGAUCCCUACCCCGACGAGGUGCCUUGCCUUACAAGGCUUCUGGAAGCACUAGCCCCCCGGUCUCGCGCGCCCGCCGUGCCGGCGUGGAUUCUGUUGUGUAAGAGGCCGCGAGUUCAGACCAACCUGCGGCGCCGCCCUGUUCCUGCUCUUCCCGCACGGCAUCCUUGUGGCUUGUCUCCGGUGCCCAAUUCUCGCUUGUAUUACAAAACCAUUGCUACCCCUUCUAUUCUUUGCCUCGUCAUACCUCUUUCGAGACACUGUUUUUCAUUUUGAAGUUUAUUUUAUUUUCUUUCUCCUUGGCCUCUCAACCGGGAAACGAACACUGGACCUUUCUGGCUGACUCGAACGCUCGGGACUAUUCUUUUACUCAAGAAGCCGUCCGAGUUUGCCCUCGACGCCUUUCCGCUCUGGCAAACGUCCCUGCCCCGCCAAAAAUUACUCGACCCCUCCAACGCCCGCAGCAGCGCCAGUUUCACCAACCGCAGCACCACCAGCAACACCGCUUCGCGUCCACCAUGAGACUCACCGCGGACAACAUCAACCCCAAUGUGCGGCGGGCCGAGUACGCGGUGCGUGGGGAGCUCGCCGUAAAGUCAGAGGACUACCGCGCCCGCUUGAGCAAGGGCGACGCGAGCCUCCCCUUCGAGCAGGUCAUCUCGGCCAACAUCGGCAACCCGCAGCAGCUCGACCAGAAGCCCAUCACCUUCUUCCGCCAGGUCACCAGCCUGCUCGAGAACCCGGAGCUACUCAAGAACGAGGAUGUUUUGAUCAAUGGCCUCGGCUACAAGACCGACGUCAUCGAGCGCGCCAAGUGGCUGCUCAAGCAGGUCGGCUCCGUGGGCGCCUACAGCGCCAGCACUGGAGUGACAGCCAUCAAGGAGAGCAUUGCCAAGUUCCUCGAACGCCGCGAUGGAUUCCCCGCCGACCCUGCCCACAUCUAUCUCUCCGCCGGCGCCUCCUCGGGAGUCAACACCCUGCUCAACGUCAUGUGCGUCGACAAGUCUACCGGCAUUCUAAUCCCCAUCCCUCAAUACCCCCUUUAUACCGCCACUCUCGCGCUCCUCAACGCCACCUGCGUCCCCUACAACCUCGACGAGUCCAAGGCCUGGGGCACCGACCUCGACACCAUCAAGAAGUCGUACGAGAAGGCCACGGCCGAGGGCAUUGACGUCCGCUGCAUCGUCAUCAUCAACCCCGGCAACCCCACCGGCGCCUCUCUGUCCGAGGACGAUGUCCGCGCCGUCAUCGACUUCGCUAACCAGAAGAACCUGGUCAUCAUGGCCGACGAGGUGUACCAGACCAACGUCUUCGUGGGCAAGUUCCACAGCGUCAAGGGCGUCCUGCGCCAGAUGCAAAAGGAGAACCCGGGCAAGUACGACUCGAUGGAGCUUGCCUCCCUCCACAGCAUCUCCAAGGGCAUGGUCGGCGAGUGCGGUCACCGUGGCGGCUACUUUGAGCUCGUCGGCUUCGACCCCGAGGUCGAGGCCAACGUCUACAAAUAUGUCUCCAUCAUGCUGUGCGCUCCCGUCAUCAGCCAGUGCCUCGUCGAGCUCAUGGUCAACCCUCCCAAGCAGGGCGAGCCCUCAUACGAGCUGUACAACAAGGAGUACACGGGAAUCCACGAGGGCCUCCGCGAGCGCGCCACCGCUCUGCACAAGGCCUUCUGCCAGAUGGAGGGCGUCGAGUGCGCAGAGCCCCAGGGCGCCAUGUACCUCUUCCCCACCAUCCGCCUCCCCAAGAAGGCCGUCGACGCGGCCGCCGCCGAGGGCCGUCAGCCCGACGAGCUCUACGCCCACCAGCUCCUCGAUGCCACCGGCAUCUGCGUCAUCCCGGGAUCGGGCUUCGGACAGGCCGAUGGCACCCUGCAUUUCCGCACGACGUUCCUGGCGCCCGGCACGGAGUGGGUGGGCAGCAUCGUCAAGUUCCACCAAGAAUUCAUGGACAAGUACAGGUAAACCUAAACCUAUACCCAUCAAUUAGGCGAAGGGAGGGCUAGACCAUGACAUUGUUUUGGACCGCGCGCGCUUUCAGCAUAGAAAAUGGAUUAUGCCUCGCUUGGAAAGGGACGCCACCCAGGCCAGCAAGGCCAGUCAGUGGGUCAACGGUAGACAAAUGAAUCCUAAAGCCGUAGAGACAUCAGAGUUCAUGCACCUUUUUUGAUCGCCAUGGGCCUUCCAUAGUGCUAUGUCAUGUGUUCCUACUCUCGGCGUUCCAUUGCGCCGCCAAGGAAACACCUUCCUCUAAGUACCUCAUAUAGUACAACCAGUAAUGGCA